AAUAACACAAUCUAAGGACAGUGAUCAAGAUUCAAGACACUUCUUGAUGUAAUAAAAUUCACAAGCAUAACAAACUACAAGGAGAAAUGGGACUAGACAACGAAAACCCAACUUUGUUUGAAAAAAGCGAAGAGAGGACAGUAAGUGAAAAAGAUUUGGAUGACAAUGAAGCCGAAGAGUUUGAUUCAAGGGAAAUAUUUGAUUUGAUUAGAGGAAUAACAGAUCCAGAACAUCCACUGUCCCUUGAAGAACUAAGAGUUGUCGAUCAAAAUUUAAUUGAGGUUGAAGAUAGCAUGAAUACAGUUAAGGUAUUAUUUACUCCAACUAUCCCUCAUUGCAGUAUGGCUACAUUAAUUGGAUUAUCUAUUAAAGUUCGACUUUUAUGGUGUUUACCACCGCGUUUUAAAAUAUCUGUUACCAUAACACCAGGUACUCAUGCAUCCGAACACGCUAUAAAUAAACAAUUAGAUGACAAAGAAAGAGUAGCUGCAGCUUUGGAGAAUACACAUCUAUCUACAGUCUUAAAUAAAUGCAUAGCUACUGCAUAGUAUCGCGUAAAGAUGUUACUACUAAAGGAAAAACUAAUAAACUCAAUUUGAUAGUACCUGAAAGAAGAAAUACAUUUUAUGUUAUAAUAUUAUUCUUAUAUAAAAAUUUUGUGUAUUUGUUCAACUACCUAUUAUAAUAUGACAAACUGUUAACUAUAUUAAAAAUAAAUACAGUUAUGAACUAAGUAUAGUAUAAUGAGACCUUUAAACAAUGAACACUUGGCUUAAAUUUUCAAAUUAAGCUUUUUUAAGAAAAAUGCCCAUGUAUAAAUCAUUGAUUUUAUUAU